GCCCAGUGAAAACGCCCCAUGGGGGGAAGAGGGUGUGGAGCUGGAGGGCUCGCGGGCAAUGGAGAGACCAUGUGGCGUAGGCUGCAACAUGUCGGUGGAGGUGAUGAUGGGCGAGCGCGAGCGCGAGGCGCGGCUGCACGACUCCGUGGUGCUCUCCCGCCUCACGCGCAACACCGGCCCCCCGGGCCCCACCGGCCUCAGCCGCCCCUCCUCCGCCGCGCCCGGCUCCCACGCCCCCGCCGCCUCCGCCUCCGCCUCCUCCCCCGGCGGCGGCGGCGGCGGCCCGCCUCAGCCCACCAACUGCAACCUGCGCGUGAGCAGCAUGCGCACCGUGAAGAGCUACAAGCUGCUGAGCAGCACGGCCGCCAACCCGCAGGGCUUCUACAUCGCCACGCACCGCUACGCCUUCUCCGUGAAGGCGCUGCAGCGCAUGCUGGUGGACCCGGGCGCAUUCCACGCCGACGUGUACCUGCAGGGCUUCUACGCCUACGCCACCUUUGACAUCUCCGACCUCACCACCUUCCGCGCCGCCAACUGCGCCUGCAUCCUGGCCACCCAGGGCCUGCGCGCGCCCAUCAUGUCCGAGGUCAUCUACGGCAAGGACUGGCUGGCGGCGGCGGCCACCGUGCUGCAGCUGCAGGACAACGUGAAGGAGUUCCGGCGCAAGGCGGUGCAGCUGUACGACCAGGGCAAGGCCGGCGCAGCCGCCGCCGCGGCAGCCGCCGCAGCCGCCGCAGGCGCCAACCCAGGCGGCGCCACCGGCCCCGCCGCGGCCGCCGCGGCAGCGGCCGCCGCCGCCGCAGGCGGCCAGGCCUCCGGCGGCGCUGGCGGGCGGCACAGCACGUACCGCGAGAAGCAGGGCUACAACGUGUUGCUGGUGUUCACGCCCGACCACGCGCGCCUGGUGCGGCCCGCCAUCCGGCUGGCGCGGCUGUUCGUGCACAACAUCGUGGACCGGCUGCACGUGGUGCUGGUGUGCCCGGAGACGGAGAGCAAGACGCGCAUCCGCGAGCUGCUGGAGCAGGCUGUGGACAAGGAGCUGGACUUCCACCAGCAGCUGCUGCGCGACGUGGCGCUGCGGGUGAACGGCGCCAGCGUGACGGAGGUGGUGGCGGGGCUGCUGGGCAGGGUGCACGCAAACAUGCUGGUGAUCCCCUCUGAGCGGCUGUGCCCCAGCGGCACCUCCACGGACCUGGGCCAGCUGGCAGGCAGCAGCGCGCUGGCACUGGCGCGCGCCAUCACCAGUGUGCCGCUGCUGGUGGUCAAGGCCAACACCAUCGGCAAGUACCUCACGGUGCCCUCGGCGAUGAACCCCAACGGCGCGGGCGGCCCGGCGUCUGCGUCUGAGCGGGCGUCGCCCAGCAAGCCGGCGGUGGCGCGGGCGUCCAUGGGCCUGGCGCGGAGCGAGUCGCGGGCUGGGCUCGCAGGCAAGGACAGCGUGUGCGCGCUGGUGCACCUGGACACGACCUCCGUGGGCCCGCUGGUGGAGUUUGUGAGCGGCGCGCUGGCGGGCGGCACCGACCAGCUGGUGCUGGCGCGCACCGCGGCGCUGGAGCGCGACGGCAACCUGUCCAUGCGCAGCCGCCGCGUGUUCGUGCAGGCGCGCAUGGCGGUGGCGCAGCAGCUCAAGGUGGAGGAGCGCGCGUACGCGGGCGGCGGGCUGGCGGAGCUGCCCAAGGCUGUGGAGGCUGAGGGCGCCGACCUGCUGGCCCUCAGCUGCCCGCCCGACCUGGCCAUCAGCAAGGAGAUGGAGCAGCUGCUGCAGGCCUGCCGCACCAGCCUGCUCAUACACAGGGCCACGGCGGCGGCGCCGUCCGCUUCGGCCGCCGCCUGGUCGUGAUGAGGGGGGCGCUGAGGGGAUGGCUGGGCUGGGCGUGGGCUGAAGGUGGAUUGGUGGAUUGGUGGGCUGGGCGUGGCGGGCGGUAGGGCAGGCGGCGCUGUGGACGCUGCGCGGGAAUGGAGCGGAGGGCGCCAGGGGCUGCCGCCGCGGUACGGUGGUGCUGGUGUGCGGCGUGUGUGCGGCGUGUGUGCGGCGUGUGGCGUGGGAGGAAGCGGCUGCGUUCUGGUGCAUCGAGGCAGGCAGGCAGGUAGGUAGGUAGGUAGGUAGGUGCGCGCCUCAGGCGCGUGUGCACUUGCACCCAUCAGGCAUUGAGUCAAGGCAGAGGGGUCAGUCAGGCGCAACUAGGCCGCGCGGCCAGAAGAGGCUGACCGGGCGUUCAGCAAUGCCCGGAUGGCCGCGCAUGGUUACAUGAGUAGUUUAGUACGUGGUUUGGUUGGUGGUUGCUUGUGCAUAGCGCGAGGCAGGAGUUGUAGUGAUCUCUUUCAUUUGGGGCGUGCGCGCAUCGUAUAGGCGCUUGCGCCGGACGUAACAACUAGAUGAAGCGGGUGAUCUGUCUAGUGGGAGGCGUACGGAGGUAGAUUGGUAGUAGGCGCGGACGUUCGCGGCAAAUUACUGCUUUGCAUUCGCUGUCUCACUCCGUCUGCUGGCUAUCCCGUCGCGGUCGCUGCACACGUACAUAGCGGCGCUUGAAAGGCGUGUGUGGGUAGGGCUCUACCGUAUCUGCCUGUCGCAGGCGUGGGAUUCGCGUACCAUGUGAUAUUACAUCACGCUGGGUUCAUUGUGAAGUUUCAAUAUUUGGGCAUGGCUGGUGGAAGGGGGGCGUGGGCGGUCAGGGCUGGACACGUGUGGCGAGGGGGGAGUAGAGCCGGCACGCCGAAGAGGCGUGAGCCACGUCGUGUGUGAUGUGCAUGGUGGGCGGAAGUGGUCUGUGGUCUGCUUUUGAGUUUGUCCCGAACGGAUGCCUGGCGCACAGACGGGGCGCAGUAGCGUGUGAAGGAGUGGCGGGUGGUCGAGGGCGCGUGCGGACCUAUUCAUAACUUGCAAGUACAUCUGGCA